UCACAUGAAAAACCCAGUCCAGACUAUCUGCUGCAACAAUGGCUGUAGGGGAGCCCAGAGCACCAAAGUAAUAAAUUCACAUCUCCAUGUUUGGGCUUUUCCUCAUAAGGCUGCUGGUAAAUAUCCUUACUUUCCUGGCCAAGAACCCACUUUGCCUAGGGAUAUCGAUUUGUUGCUUCAGCAGGUUUGUAGAGAAAACAACAACCAUGGGUCUAGAAGAAUGCUAUUCACAUCAAUAUGUGAUGAUGUGAAGGAAAAAGAGCCGGACCCUUCAAUUUAUCUAAUAGUUGCCAAGGUAAACAAUCUACAUUUUUUUUCUUUCAGGCUUUCUACUUUGCCUCCUUCGAUGGAGAUGGAAUCAUAAAAGAGAAUGAUAAGUCAAUUUAGAAAUCAGAACGUCGACCCAAUGUACUCAAAUAUAGAGUAAGCAUUUCCUUACAAGUAUGAGGUAUGUUGUAAUUUUAAGUCUCGGAUUGAAUGUAUCCUUGCAACACUUGAUUAUGAUAUAACAGAGCUAGGUUGUAUGAUAUAACAUUUGUUAUGAUACAAAUACAAUACUUAUUGUUGGAUUUUUUUAAUUUUUUUUUUUGGUAGAAUUUGGAAUCUCUGGGCUGUCCAAUUUGGAGUUUCUCAUCA